AUGGCUUCGUCUUCUUUGAUCGUUCCAUUGGUCUUUUGGAAUAAAUUGCCUACUGCUCCUGUAACUACUGUCGCUUAUAAGGAGGGACACAUUGUUACUGGACUUAAAGACGGUCACCUUUGGAUAUAUCGUUGUAUUAUUGACGAGCAAGGAACUCUUCAGCUACAACAUAAGGUAUUAUGUGUUGGUCAUGAAUCUUCGAUUACCGCUUUAACAAUUGUAAAAGGUCAAACUGACGGUUGCGCCGAAAAUGAUCAUGUAGUGAUAAGCGCCUCAGAAGAUGGUGAUGUUAUUAAGUGGUGUUUAUUGGAUGGAAGGUGCCUUAUGAGCAUUCACAGAGCUUUUGAUGGAAUUAUCAAAAGUUUAAAGCCUUUAGCCGAGUAUGCUCAGCCAGCGAAAUUUCUUCUCUGUUCUGGAUUUUUAAAUGAGAUCGCCAUAUUAAAUUGCACAUCACUAGAGACUGUGCGAAUUUGGGUUGGUCAUAAUGAUUGGGUGACUUGCACCCCUUUUUAUGAUUCAGAUGCUCGUCAAAUAAGAUUGUUAACUUCAAAUUUCAAUGGAAUUUUGAAAAUAUGGACAUUUGAUGAAUCAAAGCAUACAAUUAUGAAAGAAUAUGAUAAUGUUGGAUUAUUAGAUGCACAGGGAGAUAAAAUAUUGGAAUUAAUUAGUAAUCCAUACGAUAUUGGAGUUAUACUAGCAAUAACGAAGAGUUAUGUUAUUAUAUUUACAAUCUGUCGUGGGAUGAUGGUUAAUUUUCAACGUAUUCGAAUCCCAAAGGAAGGAAUUUAUUGGGCAAGCGGAAUUUUCUUAUCGAAAAAUCGAGUAUUAUUAUGGAAUCAGAUAGGAGAUGCUUAUUUGUAUUCAAUACCGUCAUACGCGGAAAGGAAAUUUCCACCGGAAAGUGCUCAUCUGCAUAUUAAGCCAGGCCUAAUUCGAAGGUCAUCUCUGCCUAAUUUACAAAAAGCCAAUGUUAAUAAAUUACCAAAUUCGCCUCUGUCAAGACCUCAGUUACUAGAGUCUGUUUGUUCAGAUAAUGAAGAUAAAGCGAGUCUUGCUGUAACGACUGUAAUUUUAUCAUCGUGUAUUGAAGGAAAGUUGUCGAAAACAAAUUUAUCUGACAUAUGUCCGUUAAAACAUCAGAAUGACCAUAUUACAGUCACAACGAUGGUGUAUGAUGAUUAUUUAGCUAUUGGAUAUGAGAAUGGAGAAAUUCAUCUUUUACCAAUACCAAUGGCAUUAACACAAUCGGUUUCGGAGGUACCGCCAGAUUCAAUAUUAAAAGGUCAUAUCGGUAAGGUUACUUGUUUAUAUACACCUUGUUCACAAAGCUUUGGGAAAAAGUAUCUUUUAUCCGGUGGUGAAGAUUGUUCAGUUAGGAUAUGGAGUUUGGAAGAAAAGAAGAAACUUGCUUCUUUUAAGUAUCAUAGUCAAUAUGUUACACGAUUUUUUGAACCUCCAAUUGAAGAGUGUCAAAGAAUUAGGAUUAAAGGAUGCGUAUUGUCUGUUGCUAAAGAUAAUUCUUUGGCUAUAAUUUCUUUGGACGAGAUGAGCUGUUUAUAUGUAUUUGGAGGUUAUCCAUAUCAGUUAAAUACGAUCCAAUGGAGAACUUCUGAAGGGUCUAUAGUUUUAUUUUAUAAAGAUGACUCGGCUCAUAUCUGGCAGACACAAACGUCGGAACUUAUUCAAAUAGUUGCUGGUUCAGCUGCAAGAGAUAUGUUAAAAGAUAAAGAUCAUUUAUGGAAGACGAGCUCAUUGGAAAAACAAGAAUCAACCACAGACAGAAACAGUAAAUCCAAGACUCUGACAUCUUUUACAGAUAAUUCAGCAAAUGAAGGAACAACGGUCCAAGUUUUUAUAAUAAAUGUUAAACAACUUAUAAAUGAUAUUUAUCAUUAUCAUGUGUCACAAUUUGGUUCAAAGCAUAAUAAUUUAAAUGGAUCAAAUGGAAUAAAUGAAGAUUUUGAUGAAAAGCCAUCAACGAUGUCCAAGAUAUUUUCAUGGACAACUGCUGGAGCUUCACAAUCAUCAUCAUCUGUUGCUUCUAUUCCUUCUCCAACUGAAACGGAAACUAAGGCUAUUGACGCUAGUAUCGUUCAAGUCAUAGUUUCCGCUUUGAUGACAUGGGGAAUUGAUAGUUCUGUGGACAAAAUAUGUACCGAGAAAUUAGGUUUAAAAAAACCUUCAAGUCAAGUAACUUUUGGAUUGAGGGGUGCAAAUGGUAAUUUGACAAUUGCUGUUCCUUCUCCUAAUGAUGGCACGGCAGCAUGGAAGAUAUCACAAACGAUGUCAGCGUCACGUUUAUUGUCAAUUAUUGGACUAAUACGUUCAUUCCUUUCCAUGAAAGGAUUGGAAAAAUAUUCAAGUGAUAUUAUAACACAUUAUGGAUCAUUGUUACCAGAACUUGUUGGAGAAAAGUUUUAUCAUUCUUCUCUUGCAUUUCUUGCAAGGUAUUUUCAGGAUCCAGUUGAGGACAUAAGGACAUCAGCAAGGGCACUUUUUCAAACAACGUUAAAUAAUAUGCCAUCCUCAGAGUUACAAUCAAUCAUUGAUUAUUGGAAACAGUUUUUACCAGCAGUCACUUCGCCAGAUAUUUAUACUAAUCAGUAUAUGGCUAGAUCUACUAUAUUGCUUGGAAUGAUCGGAUCGGAUCAUCCAAAGUUAUUGUCAAAAACGUUUGUUAUUUUUUAUUUUGAAGGGUUCACCUUGUUCAAUAAGACGGAAAUAAAUGCUGUAACGGUUAAAGCAAUGGCACAAAAAGCCAUAUUUCAAAUAUCUAUAGCUAACACUCCAUUAUGUAUAUCAACAUUAAUAUAUGAUACAAAUAAUUCAAAGAAACCAACAGAAAAAGUGGGGUUUUUAAAAUUAAUAUCGUUAUUCAUACGUAGGAAACCAUUAGUUCUACAUGCGCAUUUAUCUGGAUUGGUUGAAGCGGUAGUAAAAUCUCUGGAUCCUAACAUACCAAAAAUGAGAGAGAGAGUAUUACAAACCACAACUAGUGUAUUACAUGAUUUAGUUAAAACAUUUCCUUCGAUUGCUUUUCAUGGUAGUUCACAAAAAUUAGCUGUUGGUACACUUGAAGGUGCUUCGAUUAUUUAUGAUUUGAGAACCGCAACUAGGUGGCAUAUAUUAGAAGGACAUACAAAAUCAGUUACUGCAUUAACUUUUUCAGGAGAUGGACAAUUAAUUGUGUCUUGUUCAUUAGAAGAAGGCACAGUAAGAGUAUGGAAUCCAAAUCCUGGGCUAUUUGGAAUGAUCGCAGGAUCAUUAACAAAUAGUAAUGGAGGCAAUAGUAAUGGAUCAUCAAGAAUAGAUGUUGCUAAAGGGUUUAAAGCACCUCUAUUAAGUUCCAUUAAACCUUUUAAAACAUUCAGUUUUAAUCUUGGUGAUGAUGCAUAUUUAUCCAUUGCUUUAAUAUUAGAAUUUGUCGAGUUUGAAUGGGUAGCUGAUAGAACUGUAAAAUUAUAUGUUAAGGAUUCAAUAAUGUCAUUUAAUGUAUGA